GCGUGCUGAGCUGGGGAGGCGUGGCCCGAGCCGAGGCGGUCGAGAAAGAGGGCUGUUCCGCAGCCUUCUGGCCGGCGGACGGUUCAGGUGGGCCCCGGGGAUUCUACUAUCAGAAGAGGAAGGCUCUGGAAUACUGGUUCUCACCGUGAGUCCUUCCUCCCCCAGACCAUGACACCCGAAGAAUGGACAUAUCUAAUGGUCCUUCUUAUCUCAAUCCCUGUUGGCCUCCUCUUUAAGAAAGCUGGACCUGGGCUGAAGAGAUGGGGGGCAGCAGCUGUGGGCCUGGGGCUCACCUUAUUCACCUGUGGCCCCCACACUUUGCAUUCUCUGAUCACCAUCUUGGGAACCUGGGCCCUCAUUCAGGCCCAGCCCUGCUCCUGUCAUGCCCUGGCUCUUGCCUGGACCUUCUCCUAUCUCCUUUUCUUCCGAGCCCUCAGCCUUCUGGGCCUGCCCACUCCUACGCCCUUCACCAAUGCUGUCCAGCUGCUGUUGACACUGAAGUUGGUGAGUCUGGCUAGUGAAGUCCAGGACCUGCAUCUGGCCCAAAGAAAGGAAAUAGCCUCUGGCUUCAGCAAGGAGCCGACCCUGGGCCUCUUGCCCGAUGUUCCCUCUUUGAUGGAGACACUCAGCUACAGCUACUGCUAUGUGGGGAUCCUGACAGGCCCAUUCUUCCGCUACCGCACCUACCUGGAUUGGCUGGAACAGCCCUUCCCUGAAGCUGUGCCCAGCCUGAGGCCCCUGCUGCGCCGCGCCUGGCCAGCCCCUCUCUUUGGUCUGCUCUUCCUGCUGUCCUCCCAUCUCUUCCCACUGGAAGCUGUGCGUGAGGACGCCUUCUACGCCCGCCCGCUGCCCACCCGCCUGUUCUACAUGAUCCCGGUCUUCUUCGCCUUCCGCAUGCGCUUCUACGUGGCCUGGAUAACAGCCGAGUGCAGUUGCAUUGCUGCGGGCUUCGGGGCCUACCCUGUGGCUGCCAAAGCCCGGGCUGGCGGCGGUCCCACCCGCCAAUACCCAGCCCCCAGCAGUCCGGAGAAUGCAGCCUCCCUGGAGUAUGACUAUGAGACCAUCCGUAACAUCGACUGCUAUGGCACAGACUUCUGCGUGCGGGUGCGGGAUGGCAUGCGGUACUGGAACAUGACCGUGCAGUGGUGGCUGGCACAGUACAUCUACAAGGGCGCACCUUUCCGUUCCUACGUUCUGAGGAGUGCCUGGACCAUGCUGCUGAGUGCCUACUGGCACGGCCUCCACCCUGGCUACUACCUAAGUUUCAUGACCAUCCCGCUGUGCCUGGCCGCUGAGGGCUAUUUGGAGUCAGCCUUGCGGGGACAUCUGAGCCCCAGGGGCCAGCAGGCCUGGGACUGGGUCCACUGGUUCCUGAAGAUGCGUGCCUACGACUACAUGUGCAUGGGCUUUGUGCUCCUUUCCAUGGGUGACACACUCCGGUACUGGUCCUCCGUCUACUUCUGGGUCCACUUUCUAGCCCUGGCCUGCCUGGGGCUGGGGCUUGCUUUAGGUGGGGGCAGCCCCAGCAAGAGGAAGACACCAUCCCAGGCCACCACCAGCCAAGCCAAGGAAAAGCUCCGGGAAGAAUGAGCUGUGCUGCAUUAACCUGCCAGCCGGUUCAAGCUUUUCUUGGGAAUUCUGUGAACCAAGAAUCCUUUGUGUGACUGGGAUCCUGGAGAGGAUUCCCUCUUGCCAACUAAUUCCCCUCCCUCUGGCUUAAACAAAGCUAGGGGUGGCCUUCUAGGUUCUCUCUGCAUCUUGACCUUUUUCAAACCUCCCUCUGCUGAUAUCAGGGUAUUACUGUCCAUCUUUGCACCAAUCAUCAGGUGUUCUAAAAGCCACACUUCCCAGAAUGCAAGGGCAGGGACCAGUAGUCAUCUGGCAUCUUGGACAAACUCCCAGUAGGUCCUCAGUAUUGGGACAGGAGCAUCAGGGCCAGCAUCAGGAGAGGGCAGGAGUGUCCUUCUUGUUUUCCUCUUAGCUUUUUAUCAUCAAACCAGUAUUUCAGAGACCAUGAUCUUAUACAUCCUGAAGGAGAAACUGAGGUGCCAGUGAGAGGCCACAGGGGAACACACUCUUAUAGAAGUAGCUUCUGUCUGAGCCAUUUCUGGGCCCCACACAACCUACCACCCAGUGUCAUCCUUGGCCUGUGACAGGUCAGAAUGUAUAAAUCUCUCCCAAUAAAAUGUUACACAUGCA